AUGGUUGUCAAUGGGCCGAAAACGGUCCCUAGGGUGAUCAGUUGUUCUCUGACUGGACUGGUGUUUGACAUGACUCAGGAGGUGGAAGUUCUGUACAGGAUUAUCCAGUGGGAUCAGAGUAUCCUCCAAUCAACUGGAAAGACAGCAGCAGGGCCACUGUUUGAGAUAAAGGGCUGUGAGGAUAGUAUGGAGCCCCGCAAGGGGCAAAACCUUUGCGAGUUCAUCUUCAUUUUCUUUUCCUCCAGUGUCCCUUGCUGGGCUCCGUACUGGAGAUCUGGAAUCCAGUUAAGGGGCCAAGUUUUACUGUUUGUCAGAGCACCACAGACUGGAGCACAGACACAAAACCUUGAUGUUUUUCUCCUGCCAUGCAACGUCCCUCUGCACGAGGUAAAAGCACAGCAUCCACACUCUGCUUACAUCCCGGUGCCUUCCAACUGUAAACUCAUCAAAAAUGAGACUUACACUGUUCUCUGUCCAACAGCCAGGAAAAUCCAACCCAAGAAAGCUGAAUUUGACAUGGAGUUUGGACCAAACUACUAUGCAACGUUUGAGAUCCGUUUUGAUGUAAACACAGAAGAAGUCACUGUAACAGUUCAAGACCAAACCAACGAAGACGUCUGGGAGCAUGACAUUGAUAUGGCAGCUGUGCCUCCUUCUCCACCUGUCUCCUGUAGCAGUUGUCAGACGCUUCACCAGAAGAGCGUACCGCAAAGCAGGAUGUUGCCUCAUCCAGGUUCUCCAGAUGUGAAUGUCGCACCAAAGCUGAAAGUUUCAACUGAGCUCCUCGAGAUGCUGAAUGAUUUAGAUGAUGGGGACUUUGACACCUUUAAGUGGCACCUCAAGUCUGAGCUGUGGAAAAACAUCAAGCCCAUCCAAGAGAACAAGCUUACGAAGGCAGAGCGGCAUGCAAUGGUGGAUCUCAUGGUGCAGAAGUAUGAGAUAAGUGGAGCUGUAGAAGUGAUGGAGAGCGUUUUAUUGAAGAUCAGCAGGAAUGACCUGGUGGAAAAGUUAAGACUCUUAACUAUGGAUGCAUCAAUCUGA